GCUUCGACAGGACGGGAUAAGGAGGGUACUCCCAGCUGGGAGCGGAGCCCCCAGAACUCGGGUGCUGGCAACCGCACAGCGGUUCUCCGCCCCAGCCCCCCUGGCCUCAUCAGCCGGGGCCCCUGCCUCAGAGCCCGGCCGCUCGCGGCCGUCUCCCGCGCGCCCCGAGGGCCCUUCGCCUCACCUGCGCGUGCCGCACCCCGCUCGCCCCGUCGGCCACCGAGAUGAGCGAGCUGAACACCAAAACAUCCCCAGCAACCAACCAGGCACCUGGCCCGGAGGAAAAAGGGAAAGCUGGCAAUGCCAAGAAGGCCGAGGAAGAAGAGGAGAUUGACAUUGAUCUGACAGCGCCAGAAACGGAGAAGGCUGCUCUUGCCAUUCAGGGCAAGUUCCGGCGAUUUCAGAAAAGGAAAAAGGAUCCUAGCUCCUGAAUAGCCAGGCUUCCCUUUACCCUGCUCCCUUCUCUCCCCUUCUCAACAGCCCUGACUUCCAUGUAUCUUUGUCCCUUUGUCCCUCUAGCCUCCAUUGAGGCAAGUUCGACCCUCAUAUUUUCUCAGGCCCCCUCAAGCGAUCACAGUAGUAGAGGUGCAAGGAACAUGGGGAAGAUAAAGACUUUAAUGUUGCCUAAGGGUGGACAAGUUUCUCCUUGGGAUAGAGCGCUGCGAUCAGUGCCUAUGUCUGCUCUAUGGGGUUGAAGAGCAAGAGGCUUUGAGACUGAGAGAAGGGCCCCAGAAAAUGUGGGUGUCAGAGGGCAGGGCAUAUGCACUUUUCUGCCAGUUGCAGCAUCACACUUCAGGCAAUAUUUUUACCCCUUCAGAUUCUUCUGUACUACCACCUCCAACUUCUCUCCUAUGAGCUAAGCCACAGUGGGGACUAGAGCCUCCCUUUCGCCUUAGGCAGACCCAAAUCAAGCAGCUUACCACAUUAGUGCAUGCUGAGUAGAUUAGUUCCAAGGAAGGAAGACUGGGACCGGUAGAGGCAAGGAAGAUUCUGUCAUCAUCUAGUCUAGGACCAUAAGGGGCAGAGGCUGAAGAGGUCCAAGGGGCCAAAGGUAGGGAAAUGAGAACUAGGGUAGAUUUGGGGAGGAACAGAAAAGGAGGGGGAGAUCUCUGAAGCCACAAGUUACUGCCAAUAAAAGUGUACUACAUGAAGGGUUCUUGGGGCUUUGCUAACCUGCCUACCUCUAACUCCCUGAGUCUAGCCAUCCCCAGAGGCCAUGCAGACCAAGUGACCCCUGUAGUUCCCAUCUGACCCACUGUCGAGUCAGGACAGAAGUGGAAUAGCCACUCAUCUAUGAUUUUAGCAUGUUUAAUAUUAAUUAUAACAAUAAAAAACCUCAAAUGGGUCCAUAACCUCUACGUCUG